AUGUUGGGGGCCCGGGCAGGGAUAGUGCCUCGGUGCCUCAUGCAAAUCCGUCCCCCGUCACAGCGCGGUGCCUCGGUGCCACCCCCAAACCUGUCCCCCGUCACACGCGGUGCCUCGGUGCCACACUCAAACGGGGGGGUGGGGAAGUCCGCCCUGACGGUGCAGUUCGUCACCGGGACCUUCAUCGAGAAGUACGACCCCACCAUCGAGGACUUCUACCGCAAGGAGAUCGAGGUGGACUCGUCCCCCUCGGUGCUGGAGAUCCUGGACACGGCGGGCACCGAGCAGUUCGCCUCCAUGCGCGACCUCUACAUCAAGAACGGGCAGGGAUUCAUCCUCGUCUACAGCCUGGUCAACCAGCAGUCCUUCCAGGACAUCAAGCCGAUGAGGGACCAGAUUGUCCGGGUGAAGAGAUACGAGAAAGUUCCUCUGAUCCUAGUGGGGAAUAAAGUGGAUCUGGAGUCGGAGAGGGAAGUCUUAUCUGCAGAAGGCAGAGCCCUGGCUCAGGAGUGGGGCUGUCCCUUCAUGGAGACUUCAGCCAAGAGCAAAACAAUGGUGGAUGAACUGUUUGCUGAGAUCGUCAGGCAAAUGAACUAUGCCUCCCUGCCUGAAAAACAAGAUCAAUGUUGUACAACUUGCAUCGUCCAGUGAGAGAAAUAAAGAAAAACCUCAACCAUGGCCAUACAGAGCAGAUAAAACUCAGAGGAAACUUGCACAGAUGCUGCUUUGGAGAACUUUCAGCCCAGGUUGCAGAGCUGAGCCUUGGUAAACCUGUCUCUAUUACAGCACAUUGCCAUACAUCUAAGUGCAUAAGGUUGGUGGCCUCCAGGAUCCACACACCUUAAUCAGAAUGCUUAGCAUGUUUACCAUAAGUUUUAAAAUCUGUUCUUUAUCUAUCAGUCCUUUUAUAGCUUUCUAAGUUCAUAUAAUGGCUAAUAUGCAAGAGUUCAUUUUUAAUAUUUUAAUUGAUUUCUUUAAUCAAUUCUGAACUUGUAUUUAUUAAAUACUUAAACUCAGUAUUACCUACUCAAUGCCUUUUAAAAGAAGAGAGUUUUAAUGGAGAAUAAGUUGAGCCUUAAACAAAUGGUUACUUCUGUAUAUUACCUCGCAUCAGUGCUUAUUUCUAUUUGCAAGGUUUUCUCCUACAAUGUAGUUGGUCAUUCUUUGAGACUUUUUGUUUACGUGUGACAGUGUCAUGGAAAGAUACUGAAGGCACCUCUGUUGUAUGGAUGUAGUAUCCCUUUUCUUGGCAGAUGCAGCUGUGACAAUGUGUUUGUAACCAGUCCAGUUUGACAGUAGGGAUUACUUGGAGUGAGAUAUAAAGUCUCCAGCUGAUGUUUCUCGCAAUCUCGGGUUUCUUAAUUGAACAUGACAAUUGUAGCAUUGAAAAACAGCAGCACACUUUUCCUUCUACUGAGUUUCUAAACUUGCUUGUUUACAAAUUGCUUCUCUAUGCCUUUGAAAAGGGAUAAUGUAUCCUUCAAAACAGGCUCUAUGCCUACUCUGUCAGCUCAGCUUUGCCUGGCACAGUAAGAGACAUCUACUAGACCUCUGCAUAUGUAAAUCUAAUGCAAAUAAGAUCACUUUACCUUUUAUAGUUCCUAAUAUUUGUCUUUCUGAAUAAUAUUUUAAAGCAAUAUUUGUUAAAGUUUUUCUUGCACUGUCACAAAUUGCUUUUUAGUUUGGUUUUUUUUCCCCAAUAAGCAAGUUUAAUAUUAGAGACAAGUUGGUGUAACAAGGGGAAAAGCACCAGGUUUCAGUGAUACUAACUGCAAGCGUGCUUUAAACAGCCAUUGCCUUCCUUAUUGUUUACCUGAUCAACAUUUUCUCUGAAUACUUGAAAAUUUUAACAAUAACACAGGUAUAAUGAGCAGAAUGAAAAUGUACAAAGAACAGACAAAAUCUUUUUGUUCACCUUUAUUAACGUGUUGCAUACAUGAGAGCUUUUUCUAGCAGUGGUUUAAAAUGUGUAAUUUUUUUUUGCAGAAAUUUAAUAACUGCAGCUCACCUACUGCACCAAAGUUCUAGGUUUUUAGGAGCCCAGCUUUAGUCAUUUGAACAUGCUUCUAGAAAUGUACAUUCUUUCCCUGUAAUAGCUAAAUAUCUGUGAGAAAAGCUCCAGUAAAAGCAGUGAUGGAUAUAUGAGGUUAAGCAGUUGAAAACUCACAAAUUGUAUUGUGGAUGAUGGCAUUUAAAACAAUAAAAGAUCACCGGUACAGUAUCUCAAUAUUAAAGUGUUUUAUUGGUAGUAAUGCAGGCUGACUUUACAAUAUUAGCAGAAAUAAAGAUUCUAUGUCUACAUUCAGUGUUGAAUUUGAAUCCUGAAAAGAAGAGGACACCAGGAUUUCUGCCUGGUUAUUGAAACACCUGAUUCUUUUUCUGUGGGGUUACUUGAAUUUUUUUUUUUCCUGUUUGUACAAACUUUAUAAACAGGCUGAGGCUAAUACUUAGGUUUGCACUUUAAUAUCAGAAUUAAACCAAACCUUGUAUUCAAAGUAGAUUUUUUUUUAAGUGAUGGUUGUUGAUCUUUUUUGUAGGUUGUAAGGAAGUAAUAGGAUAUGAAAGUAAUUCAUAAAGAUCCUAGUUUUCCUUUGUCUAAGAAGGAAAAAGUUGGUUGAUAUUGGUCAGUGGUUCAUUCCUAUGGGUAGUUUUCAAAGCAGUGUUCAUUUUCAUUGACCUCAGCAAAAAAAAAAA